UGGGGCUGUUUUGACUGUAAACCGAAUGUAGUGUGCAUGCCAAAAUUUCUCAAUUUUUCAUUAAAAAUGAGGUGGGUGGGGGGAAAGUUCAAGGGCCAUAGUUUCAUAAGUGAAGAAGCCAGCCUUGUCUUUGGUUGUAUUUUCAAUGUUUGUUGCCUAUGUUAUGACACUGUCACAAAAAGGCUUUCUUGUGUCACUUUUUGUUUUGAUGAAAUGGAUUGGACUGUUUGCGGCCUUCCAGAACUCGAAAUUUGACAAAAGCGCGCGAAAAUUAGGCUGCAAUGUACAAGGUCAAGGUUUACUCCUGCAAAGCACUGCCUCUAUCAAACCUCGUGGAGGGAGAAGAAUGAACUAUUGUAGGUCCAAAAAUGUCAGCAUGAUAAGUGAUGAAACAGUGGAACAUGUUGAGGAUGAGGAAACAAGUACAGCACAUACCACCACUAACGAGCCAGAGCCUGGGUUGAUGAUAGAUGAGGAUGAUGAAGAUGAAGCUGAGGACGAUGACAUACACCUUUUAAAUAAAUAUGACACUGACAGUGAUUAUUGCAGCGACUUUCAGGCUGAGGACUUUAACAUUGAAAGAAUAAUGUGCUUCUCCAAACAAUAUGAUUUAGAUUAACAUGAUAACAUGAUAAUAAAAACACUGUGUCUGUAUUUCUAACGUGUUACUUUUUUGUCUCAGUUUUUUAUUAAUUUUACUAAUUUUCUUUGGUCUGACAGAAUAACCUAAGGUCUGACAGAAAACUCUGACCAGUCAGACCAAAUGUCUGACAGGAGGCUGUUGAGUUUCGGGAAGUCUGGCAUGGUAAAUUCAAACUUUGUAUCCAAGAGCAGGUGUUGGAAUUAAUGAAGUGCAAUCUUCUUAACUAUCGUAUAUGCUGCUUUUUAAUAACUAAUGAUUCAUUGUUUCAUUUGUGAAUUGUGACUCAUGAAUUGUGGAUAUGAUUGUCAAUUGCUCAACGAUCCAUAGAUCUAUAUAUUUCUGACCAUUUUAUAAUUUUCUUAAAAUAAGUUAUGAAUUGAUCUUAGAAGUCAAAUGUAUUACUUAAUUAUAUACAUUUAUAAAUAUAAAGAAAUAAUCUUUAGAUUAUCAUAAUAUUCUCAAGCCUGUUGGUCUUAGGGAUGUGUGGGUUGUUAAUUAUAUUUUGAGAUGAUUCUUUACAAAGAAAGAUGCUACUAUUGUAUUUCUUAUAAAUGUGUGAAAGGCUCUAAGAAGGAACCAGAGAUUAUUAACCCUUAACCAAACACUAACAGGAUUUUACGGGUUUGUAGCUGACAACUUUAUAAAUAAUUGUGAUAAAAGGAGAAAUUGCUCAAGAUGAUCAAUUUCUCCUUUUAUCACAAUUAUUUCUACCCUACCUGAUCAUUUCCUUCAUAUUCCAUUACAAUUUAAUUGUCGUCUGCAACCUCUUUCAAAUUGGGAAAGUCCAAAAUGUGUCGUUUGGUAAAGGGUUAAGGCAUUUUGAUUCCUAUGGGUCUUGUGAAUCUGUUUUAAAUCAAAUGCGUAGAUUUGAUCUUCAGCAUCUAAAAAUAUGUGAAAUAGAAAGAAUGACAAUAUCUUUUGGCGAGAUAAAUGUACCUACGUUAUAAGCAAAGGACCUGUGCAACCAUUCCCGGGCUUUUUAGUCUGUUUAGUUAACACGGUAGUUACUUUUUCCAUAUAUAAAAAAGCUCACCCUUUUAACUUUUAAGCACCCAGUGGGACAAGGGAUCAAAAGAGAAAGUCACAUGCUUGAGUACAUUUCAACCUAUGCACAUUGCACGUUUUUUUCGCAUAAAAAAACAGUGGAGCGAUACAGGGCCAUUAUGGCCCUCUUGUUGUCCAAUCUUCGUGGAAAUUUGUCAGAAGAUUGGUCUCAAGGAUAUCUUGGAUGAGUUCGAAAAUAAAUAUGUUUGCUUGAAAAAAAUGGCUUCCAAGGGGCGGUCUUCAUGAAGCUUGGUCAAAAGAUUUGUCCCAAUAAUAUCUUGUUAUCUCAGGUGAGCGACUUUGGGCCUUUCAGGCCAUCUUGUUUAUGUUAUUCACUUAAACAUUGGCCAUAACCUUUGCAAUAUUGAAGAUAGCAACUUGAUAUUUGGCAUGCACGUGUAUCUCAUGGAGCUGCACAUUUUGAGUGGUAAAAGGUCAUGGUCAUCCUUCAAGGUCAAAGGUCAAAAAACAAAUCCAAGAAUGACAAGCACACAGAAAAGUUUUCUUCAGAUGGCCUCCAAAAAUUACAAGAGAAGGAAACUAGGGACAGAAUGCAAUGACGUGGAUAGUGGCACAGACAGAAAGACUCCCAUUAUAGAGGAUAUUGAUUCAACCAUGCAACCUGACGUCAACUUUUCUAGCGUAAUUCAAGAAACCUUAAGCUCAGGCAGAACACCUGAUGACUUAAACUCUGUUUGUGUCAAAAUUGAGACAGAUGAAAGUUAUAAUACACGUAAGGCUAAUGGUUUUUUUUCUGCAUGUGUCCAAGUGAAACAGGAAGAGAUAUAUCAAGAUCACAAGCAAGAUGUCUACAAUUUUUCAUAUGAAGAAUCAGAAGCGAAAGGAUGUGUAGCCAAGGAUCCAGAUCUUACCAAACAAGAUGGCUUCAACUUGGCAGGUGUAAAAUUAGAAAGAACUGAAUGUGAAAUUAUGCAAGAUGACAACAGACAAGCUGGCUUAAAUUCUGUAUGUGUUAACAGAAAUCAAAUUGCUGAUUCAAAUGCACGUACUGAAAAUGAUGGGCUAAUUACUGUUUGUGGAAAAACAAAACAGUCCACAGGAGAAAAACUAUACAAGUGUGAGUUGUGUGUUUUUGCAAGUAACCGGAGUAGUUCCUUAAAAGUACACAUGAGGAGACAUACAGGAGAAAAACGGUUCAAGUGUGAGGUGUGUGAUUAUAAAUGUAGCCAGAGUUGCGACUUGAACAGACACAUAAGGAAACAUACAGGGGAAAGACCAUACAAGUGUGAGGUGUGUGGUUAUGCAAGUAACUAUAGUUCUGACUUGAAGAACCACAAGAAGAUACAUACAGGAGAAAAACGGUUUAAGUGUGAACUGUGUGAUUAUAAAUGUAGCCAAAGAGGCGACUUGAACAGACACAUAAGGAAACAUACAGGGGAAAAACCAUACAAGUGUGAGGUGUGUGGUUAUGCAAGUAACUAUAGUUCUGACUUGAAGUAUCACAAGAAGAUACAUACAGGAGAAAAACGCUUCAAGUGUGAGGUAUGUGGUUGUGACUUUUACCACACUGGUACCUUGAAGGUACACAUGAGGAUACAUACAGGAGAAAAACGGUUCAAGUGUGAGGUGUGUGAUUAUAAAUGUAGCCAGAGUAGCAACUUGAAGACACACAUGAGAUUACAUACAGGAGAAAAACGGUUUAAGUGUGAGGUGUGUGGUUGUGACUUUAACCAGAGUGGUCACUUAAAGACACACAUGAGGAUACAUACAGGAGAAAAACAGCUCAAGUGUGAACUGUGUGAUUAUAAAUGUAGUCAGAGUAGCAACUUGAAAAGACACAUAAGGAGACAUACAGGGGAAAGACCAUACAGGUGUGAGGUGUGUGGUUAUGAAUGUAACCAGAGUUAUAACUUGAAGACACACAUGAGGAUACAUACUGGAGAAAAACCUUUCAAGUGUGAGGUGUGUGGUAAUGACUUUAACGAGAGUGGUAAGUUGAAGGUACACAUGAGGAUACAUACAGGAGAAAAACCCUACAAGUGCCAGGUGUGUGGUCAUGACUUCAACCAGAAAAGUACCUUGAAGGUUCACAUGAGGAUACAUUCAGGAGAAAAACGAAUGACAAGCACACAGAAAAGUUCUCUUCAGAUGGCCUCCAAAAAUUACAAGAAAAGAAAACUAGGGACAGAAUGCAAUGACGUGGAUAGUAGCACAGACAACAAGACUGCCAUAAUAAGGGAAAUGAAUUCAACCAUGCAACCUGACAUAAACUUUUCUAGCGUAAUUCAAGAAACCUUAAGCUCAGGCAGAACACCUGAUGACUUAAACUCUGUUCGUGUCAAAAUUGAGACAGAUGAAAGUUAUAAUACAUGUAUGGCUAAUGGUUUUUUUUCUGCAUGUGUCCAAGUGAAACAGGAAGAAAUAUAUCAAGAUCACAAGCAAGACGUCUUCAAUUUUUCAUAUGAAGAAUCAGAAGCGAAAGGAUGUGUAGCCAAGGAUCCAGAUCUUACCAAACAAGAUGGCUUCAACUUGGCAGGUGUAAAAUUAGAACAAACUGAAUGCGAAGUUAUGCAAGAUGACAGCAGACAAGCUGGCUUCAAUUCUGUAUGUGCUAACAGAAAUCAAAUUGCUGAUUCAAAUGCACGUACUGAAAGUGAUGGGCUAAUUACUGUUUGUGGGAAAACAAAACAGUCCACAGGAGAAAAACUAUACAAGUGUGAGUUGUGUGUUUUUGCAAGUAACCGGAUUAGUUCCUUAAAAGUACACAUGAGGAGACAUACAGGAGAAAAACGGUUUAAGUGUGAGGUGUGUGAUUAUAAAUGUAGCCAGAAUUCUAACUUGAAGACACACAAGAGGAUACAUACAGGAGAAAAACAGUUCAAGUGUGAGGUGUGUGGUUGUGACUUUAACAAGAGUAGUCACUUGAAGGUACACUUGAGGAUACAUACAGGAGAAAAACUGUUCAAGUGUGAACUGUGUGAUUAUAAAUGUAGCCAGAGUAGCCACUUGAAAAGACACAUAAGGAAACAUACAGGGGAGAAACCAUAUAAGUGUGAGUUGUGUGGUUAUGAAUGUAUCGAGAGUUCUAACCUGAAGACACACAUGAGGAUACAUACAGGAGAAAAACCUUUCAAGUGUGAGGUGUGUGGUAAUGACUUUAACACGAGUGAUAAAUUGAAGGUACACAUGAGGAUACAUACAGGAGAAAAACCGUACAAGUGUGAGGUGUGUGGUCAUGACUUCAACCAGAGAAGUACCUUAAAGGUUCACAUGAGUAAACAUACAGGAGAAAAACGGUUCAAGUGUGAGGUGUGUGAUUAUAAAUGUAACCGGAGUAGCAACUUGAACGUACACAUGAGGAAACAUACGGGAGAAAGACCAUACAAGUGUGAGGUGUGUGGUUAUGCAAGUAGCUAUAGUUCUGACUUGAAGAACCACAAGAAGAUACAUACAGGAGAAAAACCGUACAAGUGUGAGGUGUGUGGUUGUGACUUUAACCGGAGUAGUACCUUGAAGGUUCACAUGAGGAUACAUACCGGAGAAAAACUGUUCAAGUGUGAGGUGUGUGAUUAUAAAUGUAACCGGAUUAGCAACUUGAACACACACAUGAGGAAACAUACAGGGGAAAGACCAUACAAGUGUGAGGUGUGUGGUUAUGAAAGUAACUAUAGUUCUGACUUGAACAGACACAAGAAGAUACAUACAGGAGAAAAAAAUAUAUAAGUAUGAUGUAUGUAAUUAUGAAUGUAUUCAGAGUUAUUACUUGAAGAAACACAUGAAGAUACAUACAGGAGAAAAACUGUACAAGUGUGGGUUGUAUGGUUAUGCAAGUAAAUAUUGUUGAUACUUGGAGACACACAUGAAGAUACAUCCAGGAGAAAGACUACAGGUUUGAGGUUUGUGGUUAUGCAUCAACCCAGUGUGUUGACUUGAAGUCACACAUGAGGAUAUAUACUGGAGAAAGACUGUACUUGUGUGAGUUGUGUGGUUAUUAAUGUAGCAAGAGUGGUCACUUGAAGACACACACGAGGAUACAUACAUGAGAUAAACAGUACAAGUGUGUGUUGUGUGAUUAUGCAAGUAACCAGAGUAGUUCCUUAAAGAAACACACGAGGAUACACACAGGAGAAAAAACGGUUUAAGUGUGAGGUGUGUGGUUAUGACUUAAACCACAGUGGUACCUUGAAGGUACACAUUACAAUACAUACAGGAGGAAAAACAUACAAGAGUGAGGUGUGUGGUUAUGACUAACCAGAGUGGUACCUUGAAGGACGAAGGUUCACAUGAUGAUACAUACAGGAGACAAACUGUACAUGUGUGAGGUGUGUGGUUAUGACUUCAACCAGAGUGGUACCUUGAAGGUACACUUGAUGAUACAUACAGGAGAAAAACUGUACAGGUGUGAGGUCUGUGGUUAUGACUUAAAGUGAAUUCAAUACUGCUCCAGCAGCUGGAGUUUCACUUCUUUAUAUUUAACCAGAGUAGUACCUUUAAGGUACACAAAAGGAUACAUACAGGAGAAAAACCGUACAAGUGUGAGGUGUGUGGUUAUGUCUUUAACCAGAGAAGUGCCUUGAAGGUUCACAUAAGGAUACAUACGGGAGAAAAACCAUACAAGUGUUGGGUGUGUGAUUAUGUCUUUAUCCAGAGUGGUACCUUGAAGGUACACAUGAGGAUACAUACAGGAGAAAGACUAUAUAAAUGUGAAGUGUGUGAUUAUAAAUAUAACCAGAGUUUUUCCUUGAAAAGACACAUUAAGAUACAUAAAGGAGAAAGACUGAACGUUUUAGGUAUGUGGUUUUGCAAGAAACUAGAUUGGUUAAACUGAAAGAGACACAUGCAUAUACAUACAGGAGAAAUACUGCCCAAGUGUGAGGUCUGUGGUUAUGCAAUUAGCUGAAGUGGUCAAUUCAGGAGAAAUAUUAGGAUACAUACAGGAAAAAAACUGUACAAGUGUUAGCUGUAUGGUCAUGCAUGUAUAAAAGAGGUUUGUAACUUGAAGACUUACAUGAGGAUUCACAACAAAGAAAGACUGUGCAAGUGUGACUGAGGUGUGCUUAUACAUCAUACAUGUUAAAAGACUCAGAGUGGUCAGAGGCAUGCAUUAGAAAGACUGAACAAGUGUGAGGUUUACAGGACUGAACCUUUACUAAGAACCAAACAAGUUAAUGUAUAGCUUAAGACUGAUAUAUGUAAAGUCUUAGAUGCUUUUUAUUCACAAUAAUUAUGUUUUCUGUUUAAUUUAAUGAAAUUAAUGCUAUUGCUUUAAGUUUAUAAUGUUAUUUGUUUAUAUUAAUAUCCUUGUUGUAAAAUCGAUAUACUAUGAAUUACAUGUAAGAUGGAAAAUUGAAAAUGCCAGGUAAAAGGUUCCAUUACUGCAAAAUUCUGCUUUUUGCAUGGAAAUAAAUUGCAUGGAAAUUAA